CGACCAUGCAACAAACGCUCUGGGACACUGGAGCUGGAAACAAGCCAGAAACCGUGCUGCUGCUCGUCUGGGGCCACAAAAAGAACUGCUCUUGACUUUGCAGGUAGUGAAAUCAUUCACCUUCACAAGGAUGUCAAAGAAAUAAUGCUCCAACAAGUCUCUCCCUCUACAGAUUUUUGUGUGAACAGUGGGCGAAAAUUCGGCCGCAGAAAAGUCUGAUGAGAUUUCUUCACGGAGCAAUAAAAUAAGGAAAAAGGUAGCACUCGAUCCCUGCAGAGGAAAAAUCCUCGGUGUGGCCAAAAAGAGGGGUCAUGCGGCGACGAGAGUGACGAGAUCCGAACCAGUCAAGGUGACUGAUUGAUUUUUGAGGAGCUCGAGAUCACCCCACCCACACUCUCAGGACUAAACAAAGGCUUGAUCCAGCACUAAGGAAAGCUGGAGAAUGAGGAUGGAUCUCUGGGGAUCUACGAUACGCGUAAACAAUCUCGGGUCCAGCCAUGCUUGAAAGGUGGGGAGAAAAAUCUUGUUUUAUGGGUAUCUCUCUUGUAUUGUCCAGGUAUCUCCAGAAGAAAUGAAGGGGAGUAAAGGCAUGAGCUUUUUGCUCGCUCGCUGGCCACUUCGUCGUAUUUUAACCUCCUUUGUUGAUCUUGACGCUGGAGGCAUUGGUGGGUGCAAGUGGCUUAAAGGCGUUCAUGGACAAUUCGCUGCGUUGACACUAGAGGCAGGUCACACCAACUUGUCAAUCCACUUUGACUUUAGGGCUGGGCUUUUGUGGAAGAUUCCAGAGGAUCGAGCCUUGGACCUUUUUCUGGUCCCGGGUUCGAUUCCUAUGGUGUUGAAAAAGUGUAAAAAGUGCCAAAUGACGUGUCUUCGUGACGUGUCCCCUACGCGCCAAGUGUGAUAUUUUCUCUCUCGAUCGAGAGCUUUCUUGCUAGGGCUCUCUUCUUCUCUUUUGCGUUUCUCCAGGGCGAUGGCAAUGGCGAUGGCGGCUUCUUCCACCUCGGGCUUGAAUCUGGCUCCUGGGAUCGCGAUCGAUUCGUCGCUCGUGAGAGCACGGCAAGGUACUCGUCCGCGGCCGUCUAGAUUCAAAUGUAGGGCUCACGCUGGUAGAAGCAGCAGCGGCAGCACCGGCAAGAGCUACUAUGGUUAUGAUCUGUAUGAGCUCCUUGGCGUCGAGAAUUCCGCGCCACAGCCGGAGAUCAAGAAAGCAUACCGAUGGCUCCAGAAGAAAUGCCAUCCGGAUGUCGCUGGCGAGCUGGGACACGACAUGUCGAUUCUUCUCAAUGAGGCCUACGCCAUUCUCUCCGAUCCGACCAGCCGUGGUUCAUACGACGCUGUCCGUGCUGAAUGGAUUCAGUUCGAAGGAUUCACGGGUGAGCCGCUCUAUUCCAGAUGGAUGGGACCAGCAAGCGAAGAAAAGGCCGUUUUUGUGGACGAAGUACGCUGCAUUGGCUGCUUGAAGUGUGCUCUCAUUGCGUCCAACACUUUUGCUGUUGAGAAACGCUAUGGUCGAGCUCGGGCAGUUUCACAGUGGGGUGAUUCGAAGCCAGUUAUCGACGAUGCUAUUCGAGCUUGUCCCGUGGAUUGCAUUUCGUGGGUGGAUAGAGGGAAACUAGCAGCUCUCGAGUAUCUCAUGGCUAAACAGCCUCGCUAUACGGUAAACAUAGAGCCUGAGAACAGCCCCGGCGAGCGUGCAAUCGACGUUUUCAAGAGCGCAGAAAAGUUCUUGAAGAAAAAUGCAGAGUUUCAAUCUGAAAAGGAAAACCCUGCACAAAAAUACAGAACGGCUGCUACUGAUGCUAUACAAGCCCGAGCUGGAAGGUGGUGGCAUUUUUUUGUUGGGAAAAGCUACUCCUCAUCGGACGACUUCGAUCAUGUGAGAUCCUCGCAGGGAGCAAUCGUUCCGCUCAGCUGGUUCGCUAAGGAUGUGUAUAAUCAAGCCUUCAGGGGAUCACUGUUCGCACAAGGCAAGAUGAAAGCUUUGUACGAAGCCGUCACUCAACAACGGGAAUCUUCCUAUGCUCAAGCUGAGGAGUACUGGGAACCUCUCAGUAACGUAACUAGUCCCAUUGAGAACUCGUCAUCAACGUCCACAACGCCUACCAUCCGUGUUGACGCGGCCACUAAAACACCACCUCGGAUCCAUCGACCAUCGGAAAAGCAGCAAAAGCUUUUUAUGAUAAGACAAGCUGUUCCAGUGGCGGUCUCUUUGGCUGCGGCUCUGGUUGUCCAGUUUCAAACGGUAUCCAGCUCCCAGAUAUCUCAAGCUGCGGCCAGUUCAGGAGCGGCACACUCAGAUCGGUUCAGCUCAGUGGUUCAGGACCUCGCCUCGACUCCAGGCAUGCAGCCACUUCUUGCUGGCAUCGUCUGGUACGUGUUAACUUCCGUAGCCUGCAGCUGUGUAGCUCUAUUCGUCGACGACUCUCAAACCUAACAGCAGCUCUCGGCUCGAGAGCAAAGUUUCCAUUGCUCUUUGGUACGCAUGACUUAACUAAGGAUCCAGCUCAAGAACACGCUCGGCAGCAGCUUUAGCUCGUGUCAAGUCGUUGUGAAUUCGACAAGCGUCCAGCAGCAUCAUCCAGGCCAUGACAUCCGGCUCCUUCAUUCUCCU